CACAAACCCCCAGGUGUAGCAAGGCACAGCUGAAUUCACUCUCAGCACUCUUGCGCUGUCUCACUCUUAGAUGCGAUUCUUCAGUAUAGCAGCGCCCUAUCUUCCUGUAUACUUGCUAACCUCAAUAGCUGGCACUAAAAUCCUCUUCGGUCGAGCGAGAGGCCCUGCUUGUCUCUUCAGUUAGGCUACCGUGUUGGAAUCUGAUCCUACCACUUGCCUCGUCCGGCUCCAUGCGAAACAAUGCGUCUUUUGCGGCGCUGCAACGCUGGCGAUUUCAGUCUUACCCAGUUUUGCGAUGAGGCAAUCCCUCCCUACGCCAUACUUUCACACACAUGGGGAGUGGACGCUGACGAGGUCACCUUCGAUGACCUAACAAAUGGCACUGGCAAGGAUAAGCCUAGCUAUGAGAAGAUUCGGUUCUGUGGAGAACAAGCUGGAUUAGAUAACUUGGAAUACUUUUGGAUUGACACCUGUUGCAUCAACAAGGCAAACAAGGUCGAACUCUCGCAGGCUAUCAACUCUAUGUUUCGCUGGUACCGCAACUCGACUCGAUGCUACGUCUAUUUAUCGGAUGUGCCCACAGCUUCCUUCAGGUCGAACAGGAGAAAGAAGUUGAAGAAGCCAUGGGAAUCAGAUUUCCAAAAAAGCAGAUGGUUUACUCGGGGCUGGACACUCCAAGAGCUUCUUGCACCGGUUUCAGUUGAAUUCUUCUCCCACGAACGGAAGAAACUUGGCGACAAGCAAUCGCUUAAAGAGCACAUCUGCGAAAUCACAGGAAUUCCUAAUGCAGCGCUUGAUGGAGGACUUUUGUCUCGGUUCAGCGACGAAGAGCGAUUUUCGUGGAUACAAUGCCGCCAGACAAAGGUUGAAGAAGAUAAAGCGUAUUCACUACUUGGUAUUUUUGACGUUAAAAUGCCUCUUCGCUAUGGAGAAGGAUCGGCUACUGCGUUUAAACGGCUUGAGGAGGAGAUUGACAAGGUAAACAAAUGCCUCCAAGACUUACGCUUGACAGAUCCCUGUGACGACAAGACGCGUAUUGAGGACACUAAGGGUGGGCUGCUAGAGGCCUUGUAUCUGUGGAUCCUUAAUAACCCUGACUUCCAGAAAUGGUGUAACAACUCUCAGAGCCGGCUACUAUGGAUUAAGGGUGAUCCUGGCAAAGGCAAAACAAUGCUGCUUUGCGGCAUUAUUAACGAGCUAAAGAAGUCAAUGGCUAAGACAGCCCUUCUAUCCUACUUCUUCUGCCAGGCCACUGAUUCGCGGAUUAACAACGCCACUGCUGUGCUGCGAGGUCUGCUGUACUUGCUUGUUAAUCAGCAGCCAUCGCUUCUCUCAUAUAUACGCAAGAAGCACGACCACGCAGGAAAAGCGCUCUUUGAGGAUGCAAAUGCCUGGUUUGCCUUGUCUGAGAUUUUUACAAACAUCCUGCAAGACCCAAGCUUAAACAGUUUAUACUUAAUUGUUGACGCGCUUGACGAAUGCGUAACAGACUUGCCAAAACUGUUGGACUUUAUUAGUCUAACAUCAUCUACAUCCUCUCGUGUUAAGUGGAUCGUCAGCAGCCGUAACGAGGCCCAUAUUGAGCAGAGACUACGGCUUAACGAUUCCGGAACCAGGCUGAGUCUUGAACUCAAAGAAAACGCUGCGCAAGUGUCCCGCGCUGUUGAUGCGUACAUCAACCAUUGCCUUUUGGAAUUACCAGAAAUUCAACACAAUGACCUCCGAGAGUUGGUCCGAGAAAAAUUGCAGCAAAAAGCUAAGGGAACUUUUCUCUGGGUAUCUCUUGUCGUUAAAGAGCUAAAAGAGGUGAUGGCCUGGGAGGUACUGCAGGUCCUCAAUGAAAUCCCAACGGAAUUAAAGGACGUAUAUCAUCGGAUGAUGGAGCAAAUCAAACGGUUGCGGCGUCAAUAUCCAGAACUUUGCCGACAGGUUCUGUCCACUGUUAUUGCUGCCUACCGUCCGCUACACUUGCAAGAGUUGCAUCUUUUAUCCGGCUUGCCUACCGAGGCGCAGGACGUAAAUCAAGUUGUGAAGAUGUGUGGCUCAUUCCUUACAAUACGAGAAGGCAGUGUCUACAUCAUCCAUCAAUCAGCUCGAGACUUUCUAUCUGAUGAAGCAAGCCAUAGCAUCUUCCCGUGCGGGAUUGGGGAUGUUCACCAUUCCAUCUUCUCCAAAUCGCUUCAAGUUAUGUCUAAGACACUCCGACAAGACAUGUACAGCUUGCGUCAGUUAGGGUAUCCUGCCGAGCAGGCUAAGCAACCAGACCCAGACCCAUUAGCAGCGUCACGUUACUCGUGCAUCUACUGGGUCGAUCAUCUUUGUGAAAGUCGUGCAUGCGGUCUACAUGAUGGAAGCGCUAUUAACAGCUUUAUAGAGAAGAAGUUCCUCUACUGGCUAGAAGCGCUUAGCCUCUGUAAGAGCAUGCCGCAAGGUGUAGUUGCGAUGACGAGACUUGAGACCAUAGUAGAGGGAAGAAUAGGUUCACACGCACUGAUCGAACUCGUGCGGGAUGCGCGUCGAUUUGCCAUGUCUCACAAGUGGGCAAUAGAGAAGAGCCCUCUUCAAGCAUAUGGUUCCGCACUCCUAUUCAGCCCAACUUGCAGUCUGAUAAGAGGUCUUUUUAAGAGAGAAGAGCCGGAUUGGAUCACAAUAAAGCCGGCUAUGGAGAAAUGGAGCUCGUGCCUCCAGACACUCGAGGGCCAUAGCGCGUGGGUCAACUCAAUCUGGGAUACAAGCAGCGGUGAGUGCCUCCAGACGCUUGAGGGCCAUAGCGCGUGGGUCAGCUCAGUAUCCUUCUCUCACGACUCGGCUCGGCUGGUGUCGGGGUCAGAGGACAAGACCGUCAAGAUCUGGGAUGCAAGGAGCGGCGAGUGCCUCCAGACGCUCGAGGCCCACAGCGCGUCAGUCAGCUCAGUAGUCUUCUCCCACGACUCGACCCGGCUAGUGUCAGGGUCAGAUGACAAGACCGUCAAGAUCUGGGAUGCAAGCAGCAGCGAAUGCCUCCAAACGCUCGAGGGCCAUAGCGCGUGGGUCAACUCAGUAACCUUCUCUCACGACUCGAACCGGCUGGUGUCGGGGUCAGGUGACAAGACCGUCAAGAUCUGGGAUGCAAGCAGCGGUGAGUGCCUCCAGACGCUUGAGGGCCAUAGCACGUGGGUCAACUCAGUAGCCUUCUCUCACGACUCGAACCGACUGGUGUCAGGGUCAGGUGACAAGACCGUCAAGAUCUGGGAUGCAAGGAGCGGCGAGUGCCUCCAAACGCUUGAGGGCCAUAGCACGUCGGUCAGCUCAGGAGCCUUCUCUCACGACUCGACUCGGCUGGUGUCGGGGUCAAGUGACAAGACCGUCAAGAUCUGGGAUGCAAGGAGCGGCGAGUGCCUCCAGGCGCUCGAGGGCCAUAGCGCGUCAGUCAGCUCAGUAGCCUUCUCUCACGACUUGACCCGGCUGGUGUCGGGGUCAGAUGACAAGACCGUCAAGAUCUGGGAUGCAAGCAGCGGCGAAUGCCUCCAAACGCUCGAGGGCCAUAGCGCGUCGGUCGUCUCAGUAGCCUUCUCUCACGACUCAACCCGGCUGGUGUCAGGGUCAGAUGACAACAUGCGUGUACCGCCUCACAUGCUCUGCGGCAUUAGCUCCCUCGCUUGCGCAACGAGUAGCACGCUAGUGCUAUAA